AUGCGGCGGCAGCCCUUCUCCCGGCACGACGGCUUCUUCGCCUCCCUCCAGCGGGUGGAAGACCGGCUGGCCUCUGAAGAGCAGCACCAGGAGCAGAGGCACAAUCCAGCGUUGCCGCCGCCGGCGAUGGCAACGGCAACGACACGCCAAUCCGAGCCGGCUCCGUCCUCGGACACCAUGGCGACCGCGUCCCCGCUCCUCCUCCUCGACCCAGCACCCGGCAGCGCGGGCGCGAGCAGUGACAGCAGCGGGCCGGCGCAGGACUUCCUCACCGCCCUCACCGAGCAGGACCAGGGCGUCCAGCAGGAGGACGACGACGACCACGGCGGCGACGGUGUCGAGGAGGACAUCGCGCGGCUCAUGGCGCUGCUCGGCCUUUCGCCGCCGCCAACGGAAGUCGACGGCUGCCGCGACGCCGACGACGGCAUGGCCGGGUGCGACUGCAGCGGGGCGGGCGGGUUCCUGGCCAAGGUCGUCGGCGUGGCCGGCCCCAAGUGCGACGGGGAGAAGCGGAGGCUGGACGCCUGGAUCCGCCAUUAUUACCACCGGGAGAAAGGAGGCAGGUGCAGGGUCAGGGAGCCCGCGAGGCUGGCGCACCUGCUGCUCGCCAGGGCCUCCAGCGACACCACGGCCGCUGCGUUCCCUGCCACCGUGAAGGAGUUCCUUGACCGCGAUCCGCCACCGCGGUCAACGGACACUUCAGAGUGAUGCGUAGUUGCGGUGGAUGGAUUGGAUCUUGCCUUGAGCUGGACGGAGGCCGCCGGCGUGGGCCGAUGGCCGGGAGGGGAGAAGAGGGCUCAUUUUAAAAUUUAGGGGGGCACUUUUGCAUUAUACCCCCUAAUUUGGAUAGCGAUUAUCAAUCGCGAUCCAAAUUUGGGGGUUAUAUGUAAAAUAUCGAUCCGGAAUUUGCGUAUACAUCCCUAAUUCGGAUCGCGAUUAAUAAUCGCGAUCCGAAUUAGAGGUCCUUUUGUAAAAGGUAAAAUCCGGUAUUUUACACUGCAACCCCCAAUUCGGAUCAUGGCGGCGACGAAGGCCGGCUACCGGCUGCCUCCAGACACCCCGUCGCCUCGCCAGGAGCGGAGCUGCGCAGGCACGACCCAGCGUCACCGACGCCGGCGACGGCAACGGCAUGCCAACUCGAUCCGGCGCCGUUCUCGGAAUCUGCAUCCCCGCUCCUCUUCCUCCUCGACCCAGCACCGUCCAGCGCGGGCGCGAGCCGCGACAGCAGAGGCCCGGCUCUAGACUUCC